GUCGCUGGGAAACCAACAAGCGGGAAGCACUUUUCCCCUCUCUUCCUCGCUCUCCAGAUGCCCGGAAAAACACACGCAGAGGCUUGGCCAGUACAGAGGACGGGUCCUUCGGGUUCAGCUGAGUCUGAAAGGUGGCCUCGGAAGAGUUGAUGGGCUCCGCUCUCGGGCGAGGGCCCCGCGCUCCGCUCCUGCCCGACGCCUCUGCUGGCUCCCUCCAGGCGCUGAACGGAGCCCCACCCAGCCGGGGACUCUUCGGCGCUUGACGUGCGCGACAGCUACUUCGGACCCGCCGCUUAAGCCAGUUCCUCCCCUUUCGCUUUUGCCGGCGCUCAGGGUUGGGAGAGAGGCAGGCUGAGGCAAGCGGGAGGCAGAAGGGAGGGAAGCCCUUCGCGCUUCAGCCCCGCAGCCGGCCAGCCCGCCAAUCCGGCUGAGGAAAGACAAAACACCAGGAGUUUUGGUGGGAUCUUUCUCUGCUGACCGGCUCCCCUUCGGAUUCGGAAGUGGCGCUGAGCGGCCGGCAGGGCGGCGGGAUCAGCCACCCAAAGUUCAGAGUCUAGAGAAGAAGAGACAGCAGCUGCUAUGAUCCAGACACUGGGCUUCCUUCUGUUGCUGGCUGGGAAAGCGACUACAACUACUACUACCAAUCCCCGUGUGAAGUUUUCCUUCCAUGACCUGAAGAUGCGACAUGGGCUGCGCACCUAUGAGUUGGAACGCUCUUGUUGCUACAAUGCGCUGCUCCUGGAUGAAGAAAGGGGCCGGCUUUUUGUGGGGGGGAAAAACUACAUGGCAUCAUUGAGCCUGGACAACAUUAGCAAGCAUGACAGGAAGAUUUAUUGGCCCGCACCUGUGGAAUGGAGGGAGGAAUGCAACUGGGCAGGCAAAGAUAUCAAUGCUGAGUGUAUGAAUUUUGUUAAGAUCCUACAUCUCUACAACCGCACGCACCUGUACUCCUGUGGCACUGGGGCUUUUCACCCCAUCUGUGGCUUUGUAGAAGUGGGCCAACGUGUGGAGGACUCUGUCUUCAAACUCGGCUUCGAGAGCCUGGAGGAUGGCAAAGGCAAAAGUCCCUAUGAUCCAAAUCACACAGCUGCCUCAGUUCUUGCAGGUGAAGAGCUUUAUUCUGGUGUGGCUACUGAUCUGAUGGGCCGAGACUUCACCAUCUUCCGCAGCCUGGGAUCGAGGCCUUCUGUCCGCACUGAGCAGCAUGAUUCCCGAUGGCUCAAUGAACCCAAGUUCAUUGAUGUCUUCUGGAUCCCAGAGAGUGAGAACCCUGAUGAUGAUAAGAUCUUCUUUUUCUUCCGGGAAACAGCAGUGGAAGGAUCCCAAGGCCUGGGCAAACAGACAUUUGCACGCAUUGGGCAAAUUUGCCGGAAUGAUAUGGGUGGGCAGAGAAGCCUGGUGAACAAAUGGACAACAUUCCUGAAGGCCCGGCUGGUGUGUGCGGUACCGGGCAGUGAUGGGAGUGACACGCAUUUUGACCACCUUCGUGAUGUCUUCUUGUUGCCAACCAGGGAUAAGCGUAACCCAUUGUUGUACGCAGUUUUCACCACUUCCAGCACAGUUUUCAAAGGUUCUGCUGUCUGCGUGUAUCACAUGAAUGACAUCCGCAGAGCUUUCCUUGGUCCUUUUGCUCACAAGGAGGGGCCUAACUAUCAGUGGGUUUCCUAUCAAGGGCGGGUCCCUUAUCCCCGACCAGGAACGUGUCCCAGCAAAACCUUUGGCACCUUUAGUUCCACCAAGGAUUACCCUGAUGAUGUGAUCCAGUUUGCUCGUAACCAUCCAUUAAUGUAUAAUCCAGUACUGCCCCAUGGCCAAAGGCCUGUCUUCCUGCAAACCAACGUGGACUACAUCUUCACUCGCAUUGCAGUAGACCGAGUGGCAGCUGCCGAUGGACAUUAUGAUGUCCUCUUCAUUGGCACAGACAUUGGCACAGUCUUGAAGGUCGUCUCUGUGCCGAAGGAUUCUUGGCAAAAUAUGGAAGAAUUGCUGCUGGAGGAACUUCAGGUGUUCAAGGACUCCUCUCCUAUUACUAGCAUGCAGAUCUCAUCCAAGCGGCAACAGCUGUACCUGGGAUCCAGGACUUCCAUUUCGCAACUGCCCUUGCACCGUUGUGGGAUGUAUGGCAAAGCUUGUGCAGAAUGUUGCCUAGCGAGGGACCCCUAUUGUGCCUGGGAUGGCACCACCUGCACUCGAUACCUGCAGAAUACCAAACGGCGAUUCCGACGCCAGGAUGUGAGGAAUGGAGAUCCCAGUAUCUUGUGCUCGAGAUAUCCUCAGAAAACCAGUGUACCAGAAAAGAAAAUCUAUGGCGUGGAAGGCAGCAGCACUUUUCUAGAAUGUCUGCCUAAAUCACUGCAGGCCAAGAUUGUGUGGACAUAUCAAAAGUCUAGAAGUGACCCCCCGAAGGAGGUAUUGCUGGAUGAUCGGGUCGUCAGGAUGGAGCGGGGAAUCCUCUUGCGCAAUGUACAGCGCAAGGAUGCUGGCUUCUAUUAUUGCCAUGCAACGGAGCAUGGCUUCACCCAGGGUCUGCUGCACCUCCAGCUUGAAGUGAUCUAUGCACAGCAGGCUGACUCUCUCUCCCUCUCUUGGGAAGAAGAAUCCACACAACCUUUCCAUCGCAAACUUUGGUAUCGAGAUUUUUUACAAUUGGUGGAUCACCCCAAUCUCAGCACCGUGGACCAGGUGUGCGAGCAACUAUGGAGACGCAAGAGCCACCAGCCCAAGAAAAAGCCCCCUCCAUUGUCCCCUUUACUUAACAUCAAAUCCAAAAGUCAGAAGUGGAAACAUCUGGAGGAAAAGCGGAAAGCCCGCAGCCGAAGAACACAUGAAGUGCCCCGUGCAGAAAGGGCUCCUCGGAGCACAGAUAUCUGGUGACCUAUAGGAAGAUGGACUUAUCAAAAUCUCUGUGCUGGGAAGGGCCAGGGAAGCAGGGUGGGAGUAUGGGAAUAGGGAUGGUAGGAGAGAAAGCGCGGGAUCUUUUAUGACUUCUGUGUUUGGGUGGAAAGAACAUCCUUCCACACCAGCCCCAUACUCCUGGGUGCUGCUUCUUCUGUAGUUUGUAGGGGAACGUUGGUGUCACAGCAUAGCUGCUACUCUUCAAACCCUUGACAGAGAGCAACAAAACCUGGGGAAAUGGGGGAAGCUCUGUACUCCUGGCCUAUAUCCAUAAUACACAACCAAAGACGAGGGUAGCAGCCUCCGAGGACCAAUGCACCAGAGGCCACAUCCUAAACAUCCUGGACCAGGGAGAAGAAAAACAGGCAGAGUUCACUGGGAAAUACAGUCCUUUUCUGCAAGGAUCCAGUGGCUACCAAACUGUUAUGUAGGGAUCUGUAGCGCUCUUUAUUUCUGAAGCUUCCACUGAUAUUCUAUCAUCUCCUGACAAGGAGAGCACUUGGAUGCCUCUCACAAUGUAUCUGUCUCAACCCUGCAGGAGGAUGUUGACCCUCUUUCCUCUUCCUUCCUUACCCAAGCAUUAACUGUGCUUAAGUAGCCACUGUGUGCUCUGCCUCCAGAAAAACAACACAACCACUGAUGUAUUUAUUAACAGACUGUUGACUGAUGAAUGUAGUCCACCCUUGGGUGGCCAUCAAGAUUUAGCUUCUGAUGGAACAAACAGGGCCAUUCUUGCCCAGAGGACUUAGAGUUCAUUUGUGACUGAGAUUUCCUGGGCAUCAGCUUGUAUGAGAAGAUGUUUCAAGUUGUUGUGAUGGAGAUCAAAAGCAAAGGAACCAAACAGCAGAAAUUGCCCUCUCUCUUCUGUAUUCAGUCAAGGCCCCAGAGGAUUUUAUACUAGCCCGAGACCCUUUCUAGAGAAAGAGCAGCCCAAAGGAGAUUGUUGCUGUGAGCCACAGUUAGGAGGACACUACCUUGUUCUGGAAAACCUGCAGAUAUUGGACCUUGAUUAGGAACUGAUAGUGAUCAUAUUGGUAUGUGCAGAAAACCAGCUGCCCUGCUUUGAAUUGUACAGUAUGUCUCCCACUUUUCCUUCUAGACAGAUUAUCUUCCACCAACAUUAGAUUCCUAGGUAAAUCUCUGGUUGGGGAUGGGAGCUGCUAACCCCUCAGAGCUCAACUGUAAUUCUGAAAAAAGGCUCAUUUUCAAGCCUGUUUUGGAGCAAUUUGUGUGGCAUUCAGAAAGUUCACACCAUUCUCAGCCUAUUGCUUACAUGGAAUAAUCUGCCUUUCAAAAAAAAAAAGCCCUGAUCAUGCUUUUGUUUGUUAUCCUGUACAAAAGCAAAUUUUAAGAUGCAGGGACUGAUGUGAAAGUGAUGGCAAGCUGGAUUGAGCUGAGAUCUGAGGUCCAAGUCUGGAAUACUCCAAGCACACUGGAAUUGGGUGGACAAUAAAUUUUGAGGGGGGGGGAAGAGAGAGAAAAAUAGGGGGGGGGGAUAUAAGCAGUUUCUCUGGUGUAUACCAGCAAAGAUUGUGGCUAUUCCUACCUAAUCUAUAUGAGACUGGAAUGGACAAUUUCAAGGAAGGUGUGGAGAUUGAGUGAGUGUGGCACAAUGCUUUGAUUGGGCUAUAAUUGGAGAUACAACAGAACUAGUAAGAAGGUAUUAAAUCUGCACUGUAGAUGUGUAACAUUGAAAUGCAAAUUCCUAAAUCCAGUUUUUCAAUUUUACAUUCUUGGGUGUGUGAGCUGCCCCUAAAUUGUCCCAUAAGUGAGAAUAAUUUGAAAUAAUCAGGCCAUCUAAGCUUUGAUGAGUCCAGAGACAGUAAAAUGACUUUUCAUAAUUAUUUAUUUUGCCUUUUAUUUCUUUUGAGAGAUUUCUGCUGCUAUGUCUCAAAGCAUUUCCGCUCACCUAUAUUGUACGUAAAAUGUUUGGAAGUUGGAACAAAUUUCAUAUAUUCUACAAAUUGCUGUGCUGUGUUUUCUCUUUUUCCCUUACACAGUUUCUAAUUUUUAAAGUUGUUGUUUUACAAUGAAAUAAAGCAUUUUAAUAAUGCUUUAAAUGAUGAGACACAAACUGCGAAUAUGACUUAAAUGUGUUUUGAAAAUAGAAAUGAUUCCAAGAAUUGUUAGUUGUAUUAAAUGAUAAUAUUAUGUAA